CGGAAGCUUAUCCGGAAGUGAAGGGCUGUUGCGGUCAUUGUCUUCUGCUUUUCGGCGGGGAGCUGGGGGUACCAGUGCUGCCAUGGCUGACUCAGGCCCCCGCUACCCCAGCUCUUCCAUCGUGGACGACUUCAACUAUGGGAGCUGCGUGGCCUCUGCCAGCGUGUACAUCCGAAUGGCCUUUCUAAGAAAAGUCUACAGCAUCCUUUCUCUGCAAGUUCUCUUAACUACAGUGACAUCUGCAGUUUUUUUAUACUUUGAGUCUAUACGGACAUUUGUACAUGAAAGUCCUGCCUUAAUUUUGGUGUUUGCCAUUGGAUCUUUGGGUUUGAUUUUUGCGUUGACUCUAAACAGACAUAAACAUCCCCUUAACCUGUACCUGCUUUUUGGAUUUACACUGUUGGAAGCUCUGAGUGUGGCCAGUAUUGUUACUUUCUAUGAUGUAUAUAUUAUUCUGCAAGCAUUUGUACUGACUACUGCGGUAUUUUUUGGUUUGACUAUCUAUACUCUACAAUCUAAGAGAGAUUUCAGCAAAUUUGGAGCUGGGUUGUUUGCUGUUUUGUGGAUUUUGUGCUUGUCAGGAAUCUUGAAGUUAUUUUUUUAUAAUGAGAUAGUGGAACUGGUCAUGGCUGCUGUAGGAGCCCUUCUUUUCUGCGGAUUCAUCAUCUAUGACACACACUCACUGAUGCAUAGGCUGUCACCUGAGGAGUAUGUAUUAGCUACCAUCAACCUCUACUUGGAUAUCAUCAAUCUGUUCCUGCACCUGUUGCGAUUUUUGGAAGCAGCUAAUAAAAAGUGACCAAAGCUAGGCUGGUGUGGCUCAGUGGCUGAGCAUCGACCCAUGCACCAAGAGGUCACUGGUUUGAUUCCCAGUCAGGGCACAUGCCCAGGUUGUGGGCCUGAUCCC